AUGCGCUCUCUCUCCAAGUUGUUUCUAGCGGCUCUCUCAUUUACCAUCCUGGUUGAUGGUAGCCAUCACUGGUACUCGCAUCAUUACCCCACUGCUGCUCACAGACAACUUAUCGGCAAAACCUACAUGAUACAAGACUUUUAUCGAGGGGAAGAUUUCUUCAAGGACGUAUCACCUAUCUAUGACUGGAUUUUCGCCAUUGGCGCGGACCCCACUGGUGGAAAUGUCAUCUACCAAGGCCAGUCGGAUGCGCGGUCCAAGAGACUUGCGUAUGUCGAUGACUGCGAUAACUCGUUUAUCCUUGCAGUUGAUUCAACCAGCACUGUUCCUGCCGGCGGUCAGCGUGCCUCUGUUCGUAUCACAUCUCAGAAGAGCUACAACGGCGGUCUCUUCGUCUUUGACGCUUCCUACAUGCCUGUAGGUUGUUCGACGUGGCCUAGUUUCUGGACCGUUGGACCACACUGGCCCAUGGCAGGUGAAAUCGACAUCGUCGAGGGUGUGAAUAAUCAGGGCACAAACCAGAUGACGCUUCAUACCGGCACGAACCAAACUUGCACUAACGAGAUAACAAAUAGUACCCAUCAGUUUUCAGGCAAAAUUGUAGCAACCGACUGUUUCAGUACCACACACGCGGACUCAGGCUGCAGCAUCGAGGACACGGACACAAGCUCUUUUGCGUAUGGUUUCAACAAUGCAGAAGGUGGUGUCUUUGCACUUUUGUGGGACAAUUCCGCUGGCAUGCCUUCUACAUGGGGCAUACCAGCUGGAUUCUGGUCUUCACAAACCUGCGACAUCACGGCCAACUUCUACGAGCACCAGAUGGUCAUUGACACUACUAUCUGUGGCGAUUGGGCUGGUGGUCGUAUCUACGCCCAAUCCGGAUGCCCAGGAACGUGUUCAGAUAUGGUCGCCAAUGCUACGAACUACGUUGAUGCCAAGUGGGUCAUUAAUUACGUCGCCGUCUACCAGUAG